AGCGUCGGGACGUCGUGUCUCCACCCCCCCCCCCCCCCGGCCCGGUAACCGGGGAAGCGGCGGCUGCGGGGCCCGCGAUAUAUUGAGGACAUCAUGAAUUGGAAUAAAGGUGGACCUGGUACUAAGAGAGGCUUCGGUUUUGGGGGAUUUGCUAUCACCCCUGGGAAGAAAGAGGAGCCCAAGCUGUCUCAGCAGUCCCACAGCGCGUUCGGAACAGCUGGUUCUUCUGCUGCCUUUGCAAAAUCAGCACCUCCUCAGCUGCCUUCUUUCUACAAAAUUGGGUCAAAACGAGCAAAUUUUGAUGAAGAGAAUGCGUACUUUGAGGAUGAAGAGGAAGAUUCCAGCAAUGUGGAAUUGCCCUACAUUCCUGCAGAGAAUUCCCCCACCCGCCAGCAGCUUCACUCCAAGUCAGCAGACUCUGACAGUGACGACGACCCCCUGGAGGCUUUCAUGGCUGAAGUGGAGGAUCAAGCUGCUCGAGACAUGAAAAGACUUGAAGAUAAAGACAAAGAAAAGAAGAAUGUCAAGGGUAUUCGAGAUGACAUUGAAGAGGAAGAUGACCAAGAAGCUUAUUUUCGCUACAUGGCUGAAAACCCCACUGCUGGUGUGGUCCAAGAAGAGGAAGAGGAUAACCUGGAGUAUGAUAGUGAUGGGAAUCCAAUUGCACCCUCCAAAAAAAUCAUUGACCCUCUUCCACCUAUUGACCAUUCAGAGAUUGAAUAUCCACCAUUUGAGAAGAACUUCUAUGAUGAGCAUGAGGAGAUCACCAGCCUCACCCCACAGCAAGUCGUGGAGUUACGUCACAAGCUCAAUCUCCGGGUCUCUGGUGCUGCUCCUCCAAGGCCUGGCAGCAGUUUUGCUCAUUUUGGGUUUGAUGAGCAACUUAUGCAUCAGAUCAGGAAAUCUGAGUAUACCCAACCCACUCCUAUACAGUGUCAGGGCGUUCCAGUUGCUCUGAGUGGCAGAGAUAUGAUUGGGAUAGCUAAGACUGGAAGUGGGAAAACAGCAGCCUUCAUCUGGCCGAUGCUGAUUCACAUCAUGGAUCAAAAGGAGCUGGAACCAGGAGAUGGUCCCAUUGCAGUGAUUGUGUGUCCCACCAGAGAGCUUUGCCAACAGAUCCAUUCUGAGUGCAAGCGCUUCGGGAAGGCGUACAACCUGCGCUCCGUGGCUGUGUAUGGAGGAGGCAGCAUGUGGGAACAAGCCAAAGCCCUCCAGGAGGGGGCAGAGAUAGUUGUCUGCACACCAGGUCGUUUAAUUGAUCAUGUGAAAAAGAAAGCUACAAACCUUCAAAGAGUCACUUACCUUGUGUUUGAUGAAGCUGACAGAAUGUUUGAUAUGGGUUUUGAAUAUCAGGUCAGAUCAGUUGCCAGCCACGUCCGUCCUGACAGACAGACCCUCCUGUUCAGCGCCACUUUCCGCAAGAAGAUUGAGAAACUGGCUCGAGAUAUUCUGAUCGACCCCAUUCGAGUUGUGCAGGGAGACAUUGGAGAGGCAAAUGAGGAUGUUACUCAAAUUGUGGAGAUUUUCCCCUCUGGCCCCAGCAAGUGGAACUGGUUGACUCGGCGCCUCGUGGAGUUCACCUCUUCUGGGAGUGUUCUCCUCUUUGUCACCAAGAAGGCAAAUGCAGAAGAGCUGGCCAAUAACCUCAAGCAGGAGGACCACAACCUGGGGCUGCUUCAUGGGGACAUGGACCAGAGUGAGAGGAAUAAAGUCAUUUCAGAAUUUAAGAAAAAGGGGAUCCCGAUCCUGGUGGCUACUGAUGUGGCAGCUCGUGGGUUGGAUAUUCCCUCCAUUAAGACUGUGAUUAAUUACGACGUGGCUCGGGACAUCGACACGCACACCCACCGGAUCGGUCGGACGGGCAGAGCUGGGGAGAAGGGAGUUGCCUACACUCUGCUGACCCCCAAAGACAGCAACUUUGCUGGUGAUCUUGUCAGAAAUCUGGAAGGUGCUAAUCAACACGUUUCCAAAGAGCUGCUGGAUCUAGCAAUGCAGAACCCCUGGUUCCGGAAAUCCCGUUUCAAAGGAGGAAAAGGCAAGAAGUUGAAUAUUGGUGGUGGUGGUUUAGGGUACCGUGAGCGUCCUGGCCUGGGGUCAGAAAACUCUGACCGUGGCAACAACAACAACGUGAUGAGUAACUAUGAGGCUUACAAGCCAUCCAGUGGGGCCAUGGGAGACAGACUGACAGCAAUGAAAGCAGCUUUUCAGUCUCAGUAUAAGAGCCACUUCGUUGCUGCAAGCUUAAAUAACCAAAAGACUGGGAGCUCUGCUGCUGGUGCCAGCGGCUGGACCAGCGCCGGGAGCUUGAACUCAGUGCCCACCAGUUCAGCCCAGCAAAACGUGACCGGUCCCGACGGCCCCGCCGCAGCCAAGGGCGUCCCGGGAUUCACCAGCUCGGGGAGCUUGAGUAGCGUUCCCACCUUUCCCAGUGCCGGGAUCCAGGGCUUCAACAGCACGAACGCCAGCACCAACAGUCGGGAAGGCGCUGGCGGCGGCGGCGCUGGUGCUGUCAGGGAGCGCUACCCCGACAACCGGACCGGUCGCCACAACGAACCCCCCCGUGGUCGCUACAACGAGGUGCAGCAACGCCACGGGGAAGGAGGUGGUCGCCACGGUGACGCCCACCGGCACGGGGAGGGCAGGCACGGCGACAGCCACCGGCAGGGCGACAGCCACCGGCAGGGCGACAGCCGGCACUUCACCGAGGGGGGCGGUGGCAGCCGCAACAACGGCGACAGCAGGAACAGCAGCGAUGGGAGGAGCAACAACGAGAGCAGGAACGGGGAGAACAGGAAGGAUCCCACCAGCCGAGACAACAAGACAGAUGGGUUUGCUGUCCCAGAGCCCCCAAAACGUAAGAAGAGCCGGUGGGACAGUUAAAAGCUGGUGUUUUCACAGCCUGGAAUCUCUGCAGGUAGUGUUGGCUUUUUCCAGAGGAUUUCUUGGGGGGGGGGGUUUUGGUCACUGGUCGUUGAGCAGAUGGAGGAGGAGAAGGAAACCAUGCAAACUACCCGUGCAAGUCUGGGCUGGUGCAGCUGUGGACAGAGUCACUCUAGUGAUGUGCACACACCAUGCUUAGGCAAAGAGAAACCAUUUUGAUGAAGCUCCCUGGGUUCUGCUUUGAAACAUUCAGUGCUCAAGUGACUCUCUUGCUGGAUUUAAACAGAUCUUCUUGACCAGAAAGAAGCUGUUUCAUGUCCUUAGAACAUGAAGAAACUGUUGUCCCUAGAAGUCUAAAGUAGUCAUUUCUUAACCAGCGUUCACACUGAAAGAGAACAGCCCAUCUAGAGAUGCUCAGGACCCACCUGUUCAACAUUAACCCUUCAGCAGUUUGUUCAGUAUGACAAGUUCUUCCCCAGUCUCUUCUUUUUACAUAUUCUCUUAUCCCCAAAUAACUUGGCCUCCAGGUUGCCCCUUACAUCUCACCCCAUCAGCUGAGAAUGUAUCAAGUUUGUGUUGCUGAAGGUGGGAUGGAGCAAAUUGAUUUUCCUUUCUGUUUUUUGGGUGUUUUUUUUUUAAUUUUUUACCUGUUUAUGAAGCUGUCCAAGGGAUCCUUCUCCAGCCCAGCUCACCACAAAUUCCCAUGUAGUGUAGGAUGGACUCCCUGGCUUCUCUGUGGUCAGUACCUCAAUCCCAAUCCCAUUGCCCAGGCAUUUUUUUCCUGUCAAAAACCUUCUUCUUUCCUAAUAACCUUCAUUUUGGUGGAACCCUGCAGAGCAAACUUGUCUCUCUGCUGUGCCUAUAGACCCUCUGUUAUGAGAGGGCCGAGUGCUUUCUUCAAAUUAACACAAAAAAGGGAAACAAAUAUCAAGAUGCCACAAAAGUCAGAGGCUGGUGCCCCUUGGGAAGUGUUGCCACAGGCAGUGGCUUCACUCAGAAGUUCAGGGGCCUGCUGCUCAGAAGCCUUUUAGGGAGAACCUGGGAAAAAAGUGAUUGAUGAAGUGGAACAGCUCAAAUAUCACCCCAUAUUGGACACGUGUAGUUAAAACUGUAAAAUCUUGCUUGACCAUUUUUAACUCGUCAUGUGUUAUUAUCUCUUUUUUUUUUAACUUCUUUGGGUUGUUUGGGUUUUUUUUGGGCCAUAAAGGUAAGGAAGGAAUCUUCUGUUGGAACAUGUCAGCACCCACCUCUGUCUUGUUUCUACUGAAAGAAGUAUCAGAGCUUGUCAGGUUUUUGUGACGUUGUGAUGUUUUCUUUAUCAGCUGUGCAUUUACUUUCUGCUUGCUCUAGUAAAUGUUUUAUUACUGGGACAAAAA